AUGGAUGAUCUGGCGCAGCUGAGAAAACAGCUUGAAGAAGAAAGACAGCGCCGACAACGAGCUGAAGCUCGAGCAUCCGAGGAGCAACGGCGACGAGAGGAAGAGGAGCGACGACGAGAGGAAGAGCAGCGACGACGAGAGGAAGAGCAGCGACGACGAGAGGAAGAGCAGCGACGACGAGAGGAAGAGCAACGACGACGAGAAGCCGCCGAAGCGUCCUUGACCUUGACAGAUUUACGUGCAUAUAUUUGGAACUGUCAUGAUCUCUCACUGGCUAUUAACAUUGUAACUGAUCCCACAGAAACUACACAAGGGGGAACAGCAAAAGCCACGCGACGCUAUUAUCCUUCGCGAAUCAUCCCUUGGGAGGGAUUCCUGGAACAGCAGUCUUCCAUUUGGAAUGUGUUUCAUCAGCACCCUUCAUUCAUGUCCAUGAGACAAUUCCCUUCUUCUCAUCAGUUGGAUUAUGUUCUCAAAACAACAAAACCUAUUACUGCGGAGAUGGACCUUCGAUAUUACGAGCGUGAUACAGUGGAAAACCACGUGCAGUUGGUUGUGGAUGAGGUUUACAAGAAUGAUUCAUUGAGACGAGAGCUCCGGCUGGCGGGAUCAGUGACAUUUGAAAGCCACAUCAAUCUCGGAGUCUCUAAGCAGGGCCCAUCGCUAGAGGAUCAAAUGGAGAAGCUGUCCAUCGAGCCCAACCCAUCCGCCGGUAAAAGCAGGCCCUGCAGGCAAGACGAAGAGAAUACACCACUGAUUGGCCAGGCAGACAGAUUCUGUGUGUAUAGACGCGGAGAUGAUGGAGAUGUUCCAGCAAUUGCCAUUGAAUACAAAGCACCACACAAGCUCACAUGUGAUGAGAUCAUGACUGGACUGUCUGGGGAGAUUCAACCAGCGCGAGAUGUGAUUGAUAAGGAAGAAAACACCACCGAAUUUUAUUCAAGACGUCUUGUCACAGUUGUGAUCACCCAGCUUUUCUCGUACAUGGUUGGCAAGGGCGUGCGAAAUGGCUAUGUGUGCACUGGAGAGGUGUUUAUUUUCCUUCAUAUCCCUGAGGACCCUUCCAUUGUUCAAUACGCCCUGUGUGUGCCAAAUCAGGAUGUUCGGGAGGGUUAUGAAGAGGAUUUUGAGUGUACUGCAGUUGCACGGGUAAUUGCAUUUACCCUACUGGCGUUGGCUGCUCCAUCUCCAUCUCAGGAGUGGCAUGAUGCGGUGACGAAGCUUGGUGUCUGGCCAGUUGAGUAUGCAGAGGUCCUUGAGCAGACUCCAAGCCCCAAAAGGCUAAAAAAGCGCAAUGUUCUCUCCCCCAUUUACCGCGGUAGGAAGGGCAAGCUGCCUCCGUUUCAUAUGAAACUCCGGUCAUGCCGGCCAACAGAGAAUCAGCCAACUGAUAGAUCACCAUCUCCUCCCCCCCCAGAUUCCCCCUCACCCGCAUUGAGAGCUCGCGGAAGGGGCUCUCAGGACCAACCGACUCAAACCAGCAUUCGCGGGCAGGACCAGCAUCGGGGUCGUAGUGGGCGCGGUGGGCGCGGUGGCGCCAGAACCAAGACAGGCACGGUGAUGGGCAUACGCGAUCGUCCAUACUGCUCCCAGAAAUGUCUUCUUGGGCUGAGGGACGGAGGUCGUCUUGAUCGGUCAUGCCCGAAUUUUCAGGACCAUUGUGGAAAGCCUAUUCCCUCCCGCAAUUUCUCAAGCCUCAUUCAAAAGCAGCUUGCCAUCGAUCGCGGUGAUGAUGCUGACUGCUGUCCACUCUACAAGUCUGGUAGCUAUGGUGCGCUAUUCAAAGUACGGCUCUCUUCCCAUGGGUUCACUUUAGUGGCCAAGGGAGCACGGUACGAGAAUCAUGCGGCCUUGCUGCACGAACAACAAGUGUACUACAAGCUACAAAUCAUUCAGGGCCGUCAUGUUCCGGUCUGCCUGGGUGCCAUUGCACUCCAUCCAAAAUACCCGUACUACUACGAUGGGGGAAGAUAUACCCACAUGCUCCUUCUCAGCUGGGCGGGUGGAUCUUUGACUAAGAAUCUCAAGGUCGACAGCUCGAUUUCUAGCAUGAUCCAGCACUCACUUCAGGUGAUUCAUAGCCAUGGAGUUCUUCACGGGGAUGCUGAGCCGCGGAACAUCUUGUGGAACAAUGUAUGCCGUCAUCCCAUGAUAGUCGAUUUUGGGCGAGCAUCCAUAAAAGAACCUCUAACCAGCAUCUCCCCGAAUACAAGGGGGAAGAAGAAGCCUGGUAACUCAAAGACUGAAAAUUCAUUUAUGUUGGAACUGCAAACUAUGAAAUGCAGCCUUGACGCUUUAGCCUCCAGUACAAUCUAAUUCCAUAUUAGGUGGGCUAAACUUCACAGGAUCAUUUGUUUACCAGGCUGUCAUCAUUGAAUGACCAAGUUCAAUUAUGUGAAGUUGCAGUCCGUCAAAUUAGCCUUGUUUAAAGUGAUCUGGGUUUCAGGGGUUGAACCAGCUUCUUUCUUCUAGUCUGGCUGUUUCUGGUAUGCAGACCAGAGGUUGUCUAUUUCCUUGGGCAGUGCAUGUAGGUAAUUUCUAAGCUUCACAACAAAGGAAGGGUUGUGAGAAAGUGAAUUUGACACUAGGGAUGUAGCCAAAUA